AACAAAGAGUUUUAUUCAUAACUGAGUAAUUGGACAUUCAUUGCUACCACCUCUGCUGGAUGCAUCAGAAAAGGAAAAGAUGCAACAUUGUGUCAGUAGUCUACCGUUCAAGCUAACGCUUCUAAAACCUUCAUCGGAUGAGCUCUGUUAUCUGACAAGUUUAUAAAAAUGUAUAAAAUAUUUUCAGCAACCAAGGUGGGAAAGUGUACACGUCUUUCUGCAUCAAAGCCUAGAAUAUUUGAAAACUUUUCAAUAUCUUUCUAAAAGAACUUCGAUUUUUGGCCUGUAAAAGCCUACCAAGUUUUUUUCUGCAUCACAAAAGGUAGGAAUACAGCCGAAAUCCAUAUUUUAUGAUACUUUGUAUUAGUCUUACUAGCAACAUAUAAAACACUUUUGAACCAAUUUUUGUAUCGAAAUUUUUAUCGAAAUGGUAUAUGCAAUUCCCAUAUGUAGAAAUUUUAUUUUUAAUGACCCUUGCAUGCAAACAGUGCUAUAGAAACAGAAAUAAAAAUAUGAUGUGUGAAUACAUUGGAGAAAAGUAAAUAUUGAGAGAAAAACAACGUGAAGAAUUAUACUUGAAAAAUAAAACUUGUGCUAUUAGUAGAGAACAAUGUAAUAUUUUUUUGCUUUUAUUAAAGAAAAAAACUCCAGAUAAAGAAGUGUGUGUUGUGUACGAAGAAGAACAAACUGGGCCAUUUCAUUAUUUUCGAAGCAUGGCAGCAGCUCUACCACGAAUAAAAAGCUCAAAAGAAUGCAUCACUUGUAAACAAUCAAAGAAUGAGAAAGGUCGUCAAGGUGUUAUCAUAUGCGUCGGAUGUGAACUAAUGUUUUGUGAAGAACAUUCUUUACAACAUCGACAAGAAAUUAAACGUCAGUUUGAUGGUAUAUGUGAAAAACAUGCAUUUCUACAACAAGGUUUAAAUAACACAAAAGACAACAGUAAAUUAUCUGAAUUGUUUAGCGAAAUUGAUCAAUUCGAACAAGAAAGAAGUCAUCAAAAAAGGACGAGCAAUAUCUGA